GAUGUUCGCCGUCAGGGAAAGGCCGAUGUCCGACCAUCAUCGUGACGUCAUCAGGAAGAAGUACGUCCCGCUGUCACGCGACCUGGACGCCCGUUACGUCACACCGUACCUGUACCAAGAAGGAGUUCUUACAGAAGAGAUGCUAGAGGAUCUAGACGCCAUCCCUGACCAGAGGCGAGGCUACAAGGCCAGGAAACUGCUGGACGUCAUCAUGACCAGAGGAGACCGGGCAUUCGGCGUCUUCAAACAGGCGCUAGUGGAUGCAGAGUACCAACAUCUGGCCGAACUUCUAGAAGAGAAAAAGCUGUCCGAAACGUCCAUCGACAGGGAAAACGCCAACAUCAAGCGGUCGUCCUCAGGCGUCAAUUCAGACGACGUCCCUCCCGGGCCGCUGAGGCUGUGGAGACUCAGUCUGUACCAGUUUAAAAACUCUCCAACAGCUCAAAACUUCAUCAGAGGCUUCAGGUUGAUGGAAUCCGGUGGGGAGAUACUCGUCAACAGUGAGUACAGAGACGUGUCGGGAGUGGGUAAGGUUGUGGAAGGGUUCAUUAUCCAAGAACGUCUCACUCCUAGCAGCCAUAACCACUUCCUCUACAGCGCCGAAGGGCUCUGGUUGAAUAGGGAAAGGAUGGAACAACUCUUGGGAGACUUCCCAAACUGCAGUUCCUGCCUAUUCCUCAAGGCAGCGCUGAUGCCGUUCGACGACGGUCGAACCCGCGCGAUUAGGAAGGCGUUAGACUUUAUUCUCAGGAAGGGGAAAGAGGACCCGCUGUACAAGUAUCUUCACCACAUCUACUGCGUUCUCGGAGACACAAUUUUGAACCUAAACCGUGACAAUCCAGUAGCAGCCGUUCCGGUGUUCACAAGUGCACUCAUGUACAAGCCCGACUGUUUUCUCGCCAUUCACCUUGCAGCAGAGUGUUCCAUGGUUCUAUCCCCCCAAGACGCCACCCAGCAGUUCCAUCGGUACCUGCAGCUGGCCCCUCCGUGCGACAAGCGAGUCCACUGGGCGCACUACUGCCUCGCCAUCCUCUAUAGCUGGGAGCCAGAUGAGUCAGAAAAGGCGGAGGAACACUACAGACUGGCUGUGGAGGCAGAGGCAAACCUUCUCCCGAACUUUGUAACGGGCUGGGCGAAAAGAGAGGCGCAGAGACACCUCAAUGUGGGUGCACAGGAGGACGAAACCAAACCCAUGCAACCUCUAGAUACAAAACCCAUGAAAGUCCUUGAUGCAGACGAGACAAUACCUAUGAAAUGCUUAUAG